CAGUGGAGCUAUACAAAACGCGUUAGGCCUAGGGGAUGCGGCUCUCAACGAGCCACUGUGGCUGACUGUGGCUGCGAAUUCAGAAACCAUCUCCUGGAAUAGCAACUGGACACGCAACCGACUCGACAUUCACCCCUUGCGCGAAUUGUUGGGAAGAGGAGGAAAGUCACCUCGACGUCAGCGGGUCAGGACAGCUUCAUGGUUACACGGCAAGAGCAACUUUGGGAAGCAGCGACCGCAACGGCAUUGAGCGCAUCCCAACACCAUGGACGGUGAUCCCGCCGUUGAGCCAGAACUCGAUGGCUUCAGCCGCGUGCUGCCAUUGCCUUAUCGCGUGGCCCUGAUCAUAGUGCUGGGCAUCUGGGCAUGGGGCCUCAACCUGCACUACCUCUCUUUAAUCCGCAUCGACGUCCCCUCACUCAUUCGCUACCCCUCGCGCUCCUCCCCACACCACCUGCCACACCACCUCUCCUGCUACCGCAUUGCAACCUUCCUUUCGAUACCCCUCGCCCUUUCUCUGCUCCUAUUCUGGACCCUCACAAACGGCAGUCCCGCGGACAUCGCAGCAUGGGAAAUCCUACCAAACCUCUAUCUUCUCGUCCUCGUCGUGGGCUUCAUCGCUCCGCUCCCUUUCAUCUCGCGCGCGGGCCGCAGUAGAACACUGGCUACGUUGAAACGCAUAAGCAUAGGAGGCAUUGCGGAAGCCGCAGACGGGAAGUUCGGCGAUAUCCUGCUUGCUGAUGCGUUGACAUCCUAUGCAAAAGUCCUCGGCGACCUGUUCGUCUCCCUCUGCAUGUUCUUUUCCUCCUCGCACAGCAGCACUGGCCCGCCGAAUCGAAACUGCGGCGGCGCCUUCUGGGUGCCGUUCAUAAUCAGCAUACCUUCUUUGAUUCGAUUGCGGCAGUGCGUCACAGAGUAUUUCCGUGUGCAGCGCGCGAACGCGCAGACUGGAUCGAUGUCGAAAGCUACAGGUUGGGGCGGCGUGCACCUCGCCAACGCGCUGAAAUACAGCACUGCGUUUCCGGUCAUCAUACUGAGCGCCUUGCAGCGCUCUCCCGAGCCAGACAAGUAUGGUGUCAGCGAGACAGUACUCUUUAGAAUGUGGAUGGUCGCCGUGGUAGUGAACUCUGGGUACUCAUUCUGGUGGGACGUGAUGCGCGAUUGGGACUUGACGCUUUUUUCACCAAGGGAAAGAAAAAAUCCAGAGUAUCCCUUCGGGCUGCGACGGUAUCGGUACUUCCAUGCUAAGGAGUUCUACUACGCUGCGAUCGUCAUGGAUGGCUUACUGAGAUGUACGUGGAGCUUGAAGCUCUCGCCGCAUCUGGACCACUUCAACGAUCUUGAGGGCGGAAUCUUUACAAUGGAAGUGCUUGAGGUGUUGAGAAGAUGGAUGUGGAUAUUCUUCCGUGCAGAGACGGAGUGGGUGCGUACCCACCGUGGCCCAGCCCCAGACGACAUCCUGCUUGGCGACGUGAACUCGAAUCGGUACGAUGAUAGCGAAACAGAUCGCUCAGAUUAGAUACCCAUAGACUAGACUUUUUGCCUUCGCAAUGAUACCCCGUUUGCACGAUUCGAUUUAGCACGACUGCGGAAUCUAAGACGACGCAAAUCCAGCACAGCUCGGUAUCACCCUGAGUGCCAUCGAUCUCGACAUGAACACCGAGGAUACACGGGAGACUCUUAAUCAGUCCUCGUGGAACCAAGGAUCCUGAACGAUAUCUCGUGCCGACGCCCUUGCGGUAGGCUCAAGUCUUAGUAUACCCCUCACAAGCUCCCCCACUUGUUGUAUAUCAUUCCGACUCAAGUCCUGC